UGGAAUCUCCAUCACUGGAGAUAUUUAAGAGCAGCAGGGCCAUGGAGGGAGAUGAAACAACUUCAAACCACUCUUCAGAAAACAGCAGCAUACUGGACCUUCCCUCUGCGUUUGAUAUAGCAGACAGCUUCCUUCCAGAACACAGCGCUGGGACCAGUGACGAGCCUCAUAGUUCUGUGGGUACUUUUGCCUCAUCGGCAUCCUUAGGUGCUGGUAGCCCAGAUUCCGAAAAAACUCAGCAUGCAGCUAGCAUGAGAAUUUGGCCUAAACAUUAUGAGGCAGCAAAUUCUAGACAUCAUCCAACUGCAAUGCCAUUUCAAGCCGCUGGACAUGGUGGGGUUCCAUCUUCUUGGACAGAUGAGCACGAGGGCACAGAGGACACCAGCAUUAGAAAGUCUCUAGAUAGCUUCUAUGAAACGUGCUGUCAGCAGCAGCCCAGCAAAGAGGAUCCCAAAUACAAUGCAGCUUCAGAAAGGCUCGCUCUCAAAAUUCAGGAGGUAGCAAACAAGGAUGGAAGAAAAUACGCCUUGCGCAGUCUCUACAUGGCCCAGAUGGUCUUGAACAGAGAUGGGUGCCAGGUCUUUCCAGACCACUCCAGUAAAGCUUGUUUCUCAGCACCAGCUAAUGGAGAAGUGGCACUGGAAAAAGGAAAGCGAACACCAGGAUUGUCAGAUGAUGUCCUUCAAUUUCUCUUAAAACAGAACGUGAUGAAAUCAUAGGGCCUGGUGUAAGAGGUUUGGGGAGGAAGGAGCAAGCAGUUUGAUUGCUUUUGCUGUGUUUUUAAGGAAGUGGCACCUUGUGGCAUUUAGCUCCCGCUCUGAGAAGGGAUGGAUCUACCUCAGGAAGGCACAAUUCUUUCUUGAGGCUCCCGGAGUUGGAGGAACAUGCCACUUAAAGACGUAACUUGGGGUUUUGCCUCUGCUCCCAGACUCUAGCCUGAAUUUCCCAUAUAUAUAUUUUUUUCAUUCAUUCAACUUGUUUCCCAGCAUCUGAGUGGGGACUCCAGUGCUUCGUGGAUUUGAUCUCCAUUUCCAGCUGCUGCUACUAUGCUAAAAUUUACCCCGUGGCAUUUGGCCAGAAGACAUGUCCUUCUCCAAACUUGCCAUGAGGUCUCCCCAUAUUCUGAUGCCAGGAGACACUCAUACAGAGCCUCAUCCUGUUACCUUUAUACUCAGUAGUAUGCUCAAGUAGCGCCAUUUAUUUCCAUAGGGCUAUUCAGAGUGUGACACCAUUGGUGAGUGCAUCAGUAUGGCCCAUAACCACCACCAUUUGGAUAUCAAGUCCUUAUCUGUGCACCUUCUAGCAUUUCCAGUAACCAGGCUGCUUAACUUGCUUGAACCCCCAACACAGCUGAACAGUGUCCCCUCCCUGAGAGCAAACUUUCUUAUAUUUGUGCGAUUACCUAUAAGUGCCAUUUGCCACAAAAACAAGAUGUGGAUUGCACCAGCAGAGGCAGAUACAGCGUUCCAAGAACUGGAAGGAUUAGAUUUGUAUCGAAGGCAAGCGCACACACACCUUGAGUAAAAAUAUUUCCAUUGAUAGUUGACAUUUACCAAUAAAUAAUAUUGGUCUUUGGACUGAGAACUUAGUUUGCACCGAGGCUAUUUACUUUGUAUAUUUUGACAUGUGAUGUUGACAACUUGUGUUUUAAUUGCUAUAAAGCUUUACAUUUUCUAAUCUCAAAGACUGUCAGUUUUUGCCUAACCCCACCUAAUAAUUUCCUGCACCUAUAAAAAUGUAAAGUGAUAAGCAUUAUUCAGUGUUUAAAAGCAGAUAUUGUCCAUCAAAAUAAUUAAAAACUGUUCUGCCAAGCCUGUCAUAGAUCCAAGCAAAAACAUUUGGAAACUUUAUUCUGCACCAAGUCUGAUAUUCUGCAGAAACAAAAGAAUAUGUAUAUAAACUAUUAUACAAAAG